CAUUAUCAGAAGUCAGAACCCAUAAGUCCUCGCCAGUUGGUCAGAUUUUUUGCGAUACAGUCGCCAUGGAACUGGUGGCUCUUCCGAUCCACCACCGUACGGGUUUGUCAAAAUUUCCACCACUUAAAACCGGAUAUCCAUUAGUUAACCGGAUUGGACUAGCUCUACGAUUCAGCAAUGUUAGAAUGAGAAAGCCCGUGUAUUUAGGAACGAUCUUAACGAAGAAAUCCAGAGCAAGAACACUAACGACGACGGAAGCAGUUUCCGGCGGAGGAGUUUCGCUUCCGCCUCUGGAUUUGACGGAGGAUAAUAUCCAUCUGGUACUAUCCGAAGCUCGUAUCGAGCUAGCACAACUCUUCGACUCAUCGGUUGGGAUAACAGGACAAGUAGAGUUAGUGGAACUAGACGGGCCAUUCGUUAAGAUAAGUUUAAGAGGCAAGUUUUGGCAUACACGUGCAAUGGUUCUAGCUAGAAUUGGGAACUACUUGAAACAGAGGAUCCCUGAAAUUUUGGAGGUUGAGAUUGAAGAUGAGAAGCAACUCGAUGAUAGUCCUGCAAAUUUCUAAAUUUUCCAUUUUUGUCUAUUCGGAAAUAUUAUCGAUCUUUCUUGCUGCUUAAUGUGACUUGAUGAUGCUUAUAAGUUGUUGAAACUCUGAAAAUCGAUUUGUAGCAAAGUAUACAUUGUUUUUAGAAGCCCAAAA